AUAAUGAAACAAUCGAAGAAAAUGAAACAAUCGAAGAAAAUGAUAGUGAAAUUACAAAUAAACAACCAUUAGACAAAAAUACAACAAAAAAAUCAACAAAAAAAUCAACAAGUUCUUAUACGGAUGUAAUUAAUUGUGAUAAUUCUGACCAAGAAUCAAUGCAAGAUUCAUCGAAUUUAAUACAAGAUUUAGCUUUAGAUACUGAUAAUAAUAACAUAACAGAGUCAAGAUUAACUCUACCUUUACCUAUAGACAAUGAGAGAUUAUCUAAUAAUAAAAGAUUUAAAGAACUUGAUAUAUUACAAAAAUCUGAUAAACUUCAAGAAAUUUCAAGUGAGUUUGAAGCUGCUGUUUAG